CGCCCCGCCCCUGCUCCAGCUGCGCCAUUGGGAGCUCCCUGCCCGCGGCUGCUGCCGGCGAGGGGCGCCGAACCGUUAGCUGCGGAGCCCUGGCGGUGGUUCUGACUAGAUUGUAAAAUUUCACUGUAGACUACCACCUGACAUACAAUGACAGUUCAAAAGGUGAUCCUGUGAAUUAAUGUUCCAUCAAAGAUGGCAGAACACCCGCCACUACUGGAUACCACUCAGAUUAUAAGUAGUGAAAUUCCUCUUCUACCUGCCCCUAUUGUUAGUGGGGAUGGAGCACAACAGGUUAUUCUGGUGCAAGUUAAUCCAGGGGAGGCUUUUACAAUAAGAAGAGAAGAUGGACAGUUUCAGUGCAUUACAGGUCCUGCUCAGGUUCCAAUGAUGUCCCCAAAUGGCUCAGUGCCUCCUAUUUAUGUGCCUCCUGGAUAUGCCCCACAGGUUAUUGAAGACAAUGGUGUUCGAAGGGUUGUGGUGGUUCCCCAGGCUCCAGAAUUUCAUCCUGGCAGUCAUGCAGUAAUACAUCGGCCUCCGCAUCAUCCGUUGCCUGGUUUCAUUCCUCUUCAAGCCAUGAUGCCCCCUCCACCACGACAUAUAUACUCAACAGUGACUGGAGCAGGUGAUAUGGCUUCGCAGUAUAUACCACAGUAUCACACUUCACAGGUAUAUGGAGAUCUGGAUGCUCUCUCUACCCAUGGAAGGUCCAACUUUAGAGACGAAAGGUCUAGUAAAACAUACGAACGUUUACAGAAAAAAUUAAAAGAUCGGCAUGGAACACAGAAAGAUAAAUUGAACAGUCCGCCACCAUCACCUCAGAAAUGUCCUUCUCCCACAAAUGAACAUAAUGGACUUGUGAAAGGACAGGACGCAAGUAGUGUCAGCACAGGAUCUACAAAGAGCAAGUCUUCGGGGAAAGGAAAAAGUAAUUCUCAAGUGGAUACAGAAGUAGAAGAAAAGGGUGAAGAAACAAAAGCACUUGAAGCACUUCUUUCGAAUAUUACCAAGCCAGUGAUAUCAGACAUUCAGGCACGGACAGUAGUACUUGCAUGGUCCCCUCCAUCCAGUGCCAGCAAUGGGGACGCUGACAAGAAUAAUGUGCCGGAGAUGUAUGUUUAUGAAGUUCUGAUUUCAAACACCGGAAAAGAUGGAAAAUACAAAACUGUAUAUACUGGAGAAAAAACUAGUGUUACCAUAAAUGAUCUCAGGCCAGCAACUGAUUACCAUGCAAGAGUCCAAGCAGAAUGCAACUGCAUAAAGGGAAGCCCUUCAGAAGCUGAGAGUUUUACAACAAUGAGCUGUGAACCUGAUACUCCAAAUCCUCCAAGGAUAACUAACCGGACCAAAAAUUCUCUCACUCUGCAAUGGAAGACAUCUUGUGACAAUGGUUCUAAAAUCCAUAAUUAUCUUUUAGAAUGGGACGAGGGAAAAGGAAAUGGAGAGUUUUGUCAGUGUUACUAUGGCCAACAGAAGCAGUAUAGAAUUACUAAACUAUCACCAGCAAUGGGGUACACCUUUAGACUGGCAGCCAAAAAUGACAUGGGCAUGAGUGGUUUUAGUGAAGAAGUCCUGUAUCAUACCUCAGGCACUGCCCCAUCAAUGCCAGCCAGUCCUAUGCUGAUUAAAGCUGGAGUUACCUGGUUAUCCUUACAGUGGACUAAACCCUCAGGAACACCAACAGAUGAAGGAAUCUCUUAUAUUUUAGAGAUGGAGGAUGAGACCUCAGGAUAUGGUUUCAAACCAAAAUACGAUGGAGAUGAUCUCACCUGCACAGUGAAGAAUCUUAGACGUAGUACAAAGUAUAAAUUUAGGGUCAUUGCCUAUAACUUGGAAGGCAAAAGCAGUCCGAGUGAGGUAGUCGACUUUACUACUUGCCCAGACAAGCCUGGAGUACCUUCAAAACCAUCAGUUAAAGGAAAAAUUCAUGCACAAAGUUUUAAAAUAAUUUGGGAUCCACCAAAAGACAAUGGAGGGGCAGCAAUAACUAAAUAUGUCGUGGAGAUUUCUGAAGGCUCAAAUGGAAACAACUGGGACGUAAUAUACAGUGGAGCUGCUAGGGAACAUUUGUGUGAUCGACUACAUCCAGGCUGCUCUUAUCGCUUACGUGUAUACUGUACUGGGGAAGGAGGGCAGAGUGCGGCAUCUGAUUCUUUACUGGUGCAGACACCAGCAGUGCUUCCUGGUCCAGGCCAACCUCCCAGACUACAGGGUAGACCAAGAGCAAAAGAAAUUCAGCUGAGAUGGGGACCACCUCAAGCAGAUGGUGGAUCACCUAUUACCUGUUAUGGUCUGGAAAUGUCUUCUGUGGAAACAGUUGAACACAGAGAGGUUUACCAAGGCUCUGAUGUUGAAUGCACCGUAAGCAACCUUCUUCCUGGAAAGACGUACAGCUUUAGGCUGCGAGCAGCUAACAAAGCUGGGUUUGGACCCUAUUCAGAGAAAUGUGAAAUUACUACAGCCCCUGGACCACCGGAUCAGUGCAAACCCCCUCAAGUGACAUGUAGAUCGGCAACAUGUGCACAGGUGUAUUGGGAGGUCCCAGUAAAUAAUGGAGCUGACAUCACAGAAUACCGUUUGGAGUGGGGCAGUGUGGAAGGAUGCAUGCAGAUCUGUUACUGUGGGACUGGACUCAAUUAUGAAAUGAAAGGACUUUUACCUGCAACUAUAUAUUACUGCAGGGUUCAGGCCGUGAAUGUUGCAGGCGCAGGACCUUUCAGUGAAGUAGUUGUAUGCAUGACACCAGCCUCUGUACCUGCAGUUGUGACCUGUCUUCAGGGAAGAAGUGAAGAUGAAGUGGAGAGUCCACACUAUUCACCUUCCACAUGCCUUGCCAUAAGCUGGGAAAAGCCCUGUGACCAUGGUUCUGAAAUCCUUGGCUACAGCAUAGACUAUGGAGAAAAGCAGCCUGUAACUGUUGGGAAGGUUUCAAGCUAUUUCAUAGACAAUUUGCAGCCAGACACAACAUACAGAAUACGAAUUCAAGCCCUAAAUAGUCUUGGAGCAGGUCCUUUCAGCCACACAAUAAAACUGAAAACAAAGCCACUCCCUCCUGAUCCGCCUCGCCUGGAAUGUGCUGUAUACAGUUCUCAGACUCUCAAGCUAAAAUGGGGAGAGGGAACUUCAAAAGCAUUAACUGACUCCAUUCAGUAUCACCUUCAAAUGGAAGAUAAAAAUGGAAGAUUUAUAUCCUUAUACAGAGGACCAUGUCAUACAUACAAAGUACAAAGACUCAUUGAGUCAACAUCCUACAAAUUUUGUAUUCAGGCUUGUAAUGAAGCUGGUGAAGGUCCACUUUCUCAAGAGUACAUUUUCACGACUCCCAAAUCUGUUCCAGCUGCCUUGAAAGCGCCAAGAAUAGAGAGAGUAAAUGAUCACACUUGUGAAAUCACAUGGGAGGUUUUGCAACCAAUGAAAGGUGAUCCAAUUAUUUAUAGUCUUCAGGUCAUGGCGGGAAAAGACUCAGAAUUCAAACAGAUUUAUAAAGGGCCUGACUGGUCAUUCCGGUAUUCAGGCCUCCAGCUGAACUGUGAAUAUCGUUUUCGUGUGUGUGCCAUUCGACAGUGCCAAGAAACAGUAGGUCAUCAGGACCUCAUAGGCCCCUACAGUACCACAGUACUAUUCAUCUCUCAGAGAACUGAACCACCAACCAGCCCCAACAAAGACACUGUGGAAAUCUCAAGGACACAACAGACACUAAGUGAUGAACAGUGUGCUGCUGUCAUCCUUGUGCUCUUUGCUACCUUUUCCAUUCUGAUUGCCUUUAUCAUUCAGUACUUUGUAAUAAAGUGA